AUGGAACGUAUUCUUCGUUCUACAAAUUAUCCUAAUUUAUAUGGACUUGGUUUAUAUAAUAUUCCAAAUGAGACUGCUUUACGUCUCUUUAAUGAUGAAACUUGUUUUAUUCAUACCUUCAAAAAUCAAAUUUCAUCACUUGUUAUCAAUAUUAUUAAUAGUGGAAACAAAUGUUUGACAGAAAAGAUGGAUACACUUGUAUUUACACACAUCUUUAUUGUGUUCACUAAUUUACAAUAUUUAAAUUUUCAUCCAUUUUCAAUAUAUUUUCCACGACUAUCAUUUGAUAUUUCCUCUCCAAUUGUUUUCUGUUCAACUCUGUUAGAAUUGUAUGUCAACGUGGAAUGUUUCACUGAUUGUCUUUAUCUACUUGAUGGACGCUUUAAUCAACUUCAGACACUUCAUGUUAAUAUUACUCGACUUGUUUCUUCGCAUUCAACAAUCAAUAAUAAGGAAAAAUUACAUAAUUUAAGAUAUUUUUCGUUGUUUUGUGAUAUAUUGACAGUUGGUUAUGAUGAAUUAAUUCUACCACUUCUACAACGAAUGUCAAAUCUAGAACAACUUGAUUUACAUAUUGUAGCCAUUCAUGAUGAUAAAUUUAUUGAUGGUAAUGAUUUAAAGAAAAAUAUUAUCAAUAAUAUCCCACAAUUAAAUAAAUUCGAAUUUAACAUUCACUCCAAUGUAUCUCUUGAUAAUCAAAAUGAUUUACUCUCGAAUGAAGAUAUUCGAAAGACAUUCAAAGAUUUUAAAGAUAGUUUAGUUAUUUCUCGUAGUGAUUUUUUUCCAAGUAUAAAUGAAGGUCAAUGUCAUAUUUAUUCAUAUCCAUAUAAGAUAUCACAUUAUAAUAAUAUAACAAAUAAUUUUCCAGGUGGAUUAUUCAAAUAUGUUUAUCAAGUAUCAUUAUAUGAUGAACGUCCUUUUGAACAUGAAUUUUUUAUUCAAAUUGAGAAAUCAUUUCCAUUUAUGAAAAAAUUAAAAGUAGAUAAUAAAGAACCACAAAGUAAUAAACAAUGUUAUGAAUCAAGAAAUAAUAAUCGGAAUUUGUCAAACAUUAAAUAUCCGCAUCUAACUAAUCUUUAUCUUGAUUAUAGUCAUGACGAUUAUGCCGAACAAUUUUUACUUGAUUUCAAAAUGUCUUUGCCAAAUAAUGUUUAUCUUCAUAUCAAUUAUGAAUCUUUACAAAGAGUAACACACGAUUUCACACGAGAUACAACACGAAUCAAUUGUAGUAAAUUGGCUCAUUUACAUAUGUAG